CGAGGCUCGCCGGCGCAUGCGCGCUCGCGGGCUGUUUUGGCGGGCGGCGGGCGUUGCGCAGGAGCGGAGUGGAGAGGCAGGGGUGCCGGAUCCGCUGCAUCCCGAGGAAUUGGGUGGCCUUGGCGCGUUAGGUGGAGCUUCCUGCACUAUGGGAAAGAAAAGCAAGAGGACAGCAGAUAGUUCGUCCUCUGAAGAUGAGGAGGAGUAUGUUGUGGAGAAGGUGCUAGACAGGCGUGUGGUGAAGGGGCAAGUGGAGUAUCUCCUCAAGUGGAAAGGAUUUUCCGAGGAGCACAACACCUGGGAGCCCGAGAAGAACCUGGACUGCCCUGAGCUGAUUGCGGAGUUUAUGAAAAAGUACAAAAAGAUGAAGGAGGGUGAGAACAACAAAUCUCGGGAGAAGUCAGAGGGUGCCAAGCGCAAGUCCAGCCUCCCCGCCAGCACCGACGACAUCAAGGCCAAGAAGAAGAGAGAGAGCAACGACAUUGCCAGGGGCUUCGAGCGGGGCCUGGAGCCCGAGAAGAUCAUCGGGGCCACUGAUUCCUGCGGAGACCUGAUGUUCCUGAUGAAAUGGAAGGACACGGAUGAGGCGGACCUGGUGCUGGCGAAGGAGGCCAACGUGAAGUGCCCGCAGAUCGUUAUCGCCUUCUAUGAGGAGAGACUGACCUGGCACGCGUACCCCGAGGACACGGACAGCAAAGAGCGCGACGCUGCCAAGAGCUAGGCGCCCGGUGCCGCCCGCCUGCCCCGUGCUGAUUACUGUGUCCCCCGCAGGAGGCCCCGCGCCGCCCGCCCACCCACCCUCGCCUCCCCUCCCUUUCCCUCCCUCUGUCCGCUCCACAGCCAUGGCGGGAGCUUAGAGUAGUUCCUUCCCUUCUGGCUCCAGCCCCUCCAGGUGUGGGCGGGAGCCGCAGCCUGCGUGGGACCGUCCGUCCACCCUGAGGGACCCCCUCCCCCCCUUCUGGCUGCUGUGCCAGGGCCCCAGCCCUGUCCCCACUGUUGGGACGCUGUCUGCCCUGGCCUGAUUGCCCGAGGGGACGGGAGCAUGUCCUCUGUCUGAACCCGCCUGGCAUCACCCACUCCCAGGCACCAAGGAAAGCCUUUGCCCCAAAGGCUCUUUUAACUGGGGGAUGGGGGCUUCUUGUCCGUCCUUCCCUCCUCCCUGUAUGGUCCUGUCCCUCUGCAGGGGACAGCGUGUGACCAGGCACUGGAUUCCUCCCUGUGGCUGAUCUCAGGCCGGAGCAUGGAGACCCAGAGCUGCCGGACCCCCUAGGAGGUCAUCUAGUCCAGCCCCUGCCCUGGGUCUCACUCGGCCCUGGCACUGGUGCCCCAGGGAAGCUGGUCAGUGUCUGGAGCAGGGAAGUUAAUGGGGCAGUUGUUGCCCCCACUUGCUCCGUGCCAUCCUUCCCUGCUGACAUUACUUCAUUGGCCAGCCCCAAACCACAGUGGGGAGAGCCCAUGCCUGGCUGCUUACCCUAGAGGGCCUGGCCCGGCAGGUCUGGAGCUGCCCUUGCCCCCUUUCUGCAUCCCUGACCUGUGCCGGCUCCCCCAGGAGGUCUAGCUUUCCUCCCCACCCCUUCCUGGGGGAAGGCUGCUGCAGGCAGGCCAAGUAUUAGCCCCGCAGAGGAAGGUGGGUAGGGGGAGCAGUAGGGGCUGGAGCCCAGGGAAGUGUCGACCCCGCAGGGAUGUGGGGCACCAUAUGCCAAACCCCCACUGGGCCAGGGAUGGAGCCACAUCCCUCCAAGCUCCCAGCCUGAAUCACUGAGCCCGCGUGCCUGCCCCUGCCCUCCCACUACCACCCACCUCACCCACGUGUGCACGCCUGCGUCAGUGUUCACCCCGGGGCGGGGGGGGUGUGGGUCCUGACAGGCCAAGGGAGGGAGCAGGGGACAGCCUCUGGGCACUGUGAGACCCGGCUCUGUUUUCCAGGCCACAAAUGUCCCGUCCGCGUGUUGCCCCUGCAGGGCCGGGGGCACCAGCCUAGGUGGAAGCAGCUGGGGAAUGAUGCCCGCUGGGCUUAGCUCCCUACUGCCCAGCUCUCCAAGCUUCCCCAGUGCCCCACAGCCUCUGUCUUCCUCCUGGGGCCUUCAUCCCUCUGCCCCAGGCCCCCAUGGGGGCCUCGGCUCCGGUGCCUCCGUACGGCUGUCCUGUCUGCAUCCACAUCCCUGGAGGCAAGUUCCCCCUGCCCCCCAGUCUGUACCUGUGCGCCCCACCCCCCUGCCCCCACCCCAGGCUGGCAGCUGCUCUGGCCAUGGGGAGCCUGGCACAGCCCAGGGUCACUCCCCCCCUGGGCGGGCAUCGUCUCUGCCCCCUGCCCUGUCUCCUGUGUCCCCCCCAUCCCCUCCCCCCAGUCCUCAUCCCCCGCCCUUGCUGUUUUUUUAACAUAGGUGUUUUUAAACUAGGGGAAUUUUUUCCUGUCCAUAAAACUGACGUGUGAGGCCCCCCUGCCCCCCCCCCGGGGCAAUAAACGGUGACUUUUCCA